GAAGUGAAGUUGCAGCUGACGUUCGAAAGCGCGCGGAUGUAAACAUUCGGCAACAGCGGGCCGCGCCGGUUGCGAUGCUUUGGCGCAAACCUUAAAUUCGCAUGUCUUCAAACUGUGCACACACCUCUUCCCUACACAUCUCACUACAUUCACAUCUCAACGGCUAUCAUUGCGACGGCGAUUUAUUGCACCUCAACAAAGUGAGAUUGCAUCACACCACGGCACUCUUGAACAUGUCCGCAACACUCGCAACUUCGAGACAUAGCCAAACAAAAAACAAGCCCGAUGGCUGAACCCGGCUUGGACAAGUCCUUCUAUGGACAUUUUGGCCAAGCCGAAUACAACGAAAAUGAAAAGGAAUGGCGCUUCGAACGUAACUUGCAGAGCAACUUCGGGUUUCAGGUCCUUGGAGACCCUAAAGCGAUUGUCGAGCCAACACGUGAAAUUGGCAUCGAGCGAACAGUAGAGGGCGAGGAGGGCCCAAGCAGACGACGGGAAAUCCAGAUUCAACGGCUCGCUCGAUCCUAUCCCGACCUUACCCCAGCAGGUCAUCUAUUACCGGAGCUGGCGCGGAUCUCGGAAGCUGUGGAUGAUACAGUCAACUACCAUGACCCGAACCAGGGACGGAUGCUCGCCUUUGGCAAGAUCAACGACCAUCGAUGGAAUCGUGGACGUGAGGUCGUCGCUUUUCCUAAUGGCCCCAGUGGCAGUGACCUCCGUGUGAUCCAGAUUCAAGAUGAGCCGAGCGGAUGGCAGGAUUCAAAGAAAGUAUGGCUCAAAGUUCCCGUCGUCCAAGGCGAAGAAGCAGUAUGGGAAGGCCCUGGGGUCGCAAUCCAGGCGAUCGAGUUCAACAGUCCGAAAGGGCGUGGUGAGGUUUUCCUCAUCGUACGUUUGAUUACCGAGGUCUUGCUGUUCCGUCCCUUCUUUUCUUCUGGGGCGUCAAAGCUAGAGCUGAAUCUUCUGUCUCGAUUGUCGAUGGACGAAAUUGGAGGCUCACCGUACGCUCAUGUGUCAUUGAAUCCCUGGAACUCCCGACAACUAACACUCGUGGAUCAAGCCGGGGCAUGGUCUGUUCAUGAUUUGACCACACGCGGUGCAAUAUCUGGCCCGCCACUCAUGAGCUCAGCCCUCAUCCCCGGCUCAGCAGACGCUCAGUUUGAUCCGAUGUACGACGGAUGGGCUCGGAUCCUCUGGACAGCGGCCUCUGAUAUCGUCCUUGUGUGCAAUCGAGAAAAGGCAGUCCUCUGGUCUCUCUCCAAACAGACCAGCAGACAGCUUCCCAAAGUUCAAACAUAUUUGGACAGUGGAAUGGGCUGGAUCCUCGACGUGGCCGUCGUUCCGUCUCAUGACGAUCACGUUGCUCUCCUAACAUCUGCACAUGUCCUGAUCUAUCGCAUCGGCUCGAUAGAGCUGGGCGAUCUGUCAGCAGAGAUCGUCGCCUGCAUUCGACAUUUUCGGAACCCGGAGGACAUCGGAAUGCGACUUCACGUCUGGCAGGAUGAUAAUGGUACUCGAAGCCCCACUCGAUGCCAUACACUUGUACUAACUUGUCCAGGCGUUGUCGUCUCUAUUUACUCGUCUCUAAAUCGAAGUGCUUACACUUACUAUCUGGAAUUGUCAAACACUCGUCACACCCAGGUAACCGAUGCGACAGUCUUUGCUCUUCCCACGCCACUCGAUGAGGAGGAUGCUGAGGCUGGAGUCGUGGAUCUUCAUGUCCAGGCCUUGUCCAUCCAUGCAAAGAACCACGCACUGUCUGACGAGUCGUUCCUCGGCCGCUAUCUGCGGCGAGGCGUACGCUUCUAUUCAAUCACGACACUCCAGGAAGACUUCUCAAUCCUGCAACAGCUGUACUUUGUCAGCCCUUCAGGCCAAUCUGAGGACAUAUCACCGCCAACGUGGGCGGGAAAGACGAAAAAGAGUGCAGCCAAGAUCCUGGAGGAUGACUUUGUCGUUGAUGAUGAAGAGUCGCUUGGGGAAGGCGGGAAAGACAUGUAUGAAGCACCACGGUCGGCGUUUAGGCAGGCUUGGCGCGCGGUUUCCGAUACGCGGUUGUCGGAAGAUUGGACGGUGAACUACGAGAACACUGCGCGACGGCUCAACCAAGAUUCAGCAAGCUUGGCGACAUUUGAGGAUGUUGUGCACGAAGCCCGACAGGAGCUAUUGCGAACAGACCAUGUCGACGCAGUCCCAUUCCGGACAUUACGAGACUUGACGAAUGAUGAGAUCGAAGUGCACGACUAUGAUGAAGCAGCAAGGCUCUUUGGGGAUCUUCGGAACCCGACGUUGUCAACACGAGCAUCGCCGAGGCCCGAUGAAGCGGAGGAUCCGGCCAACACGAUUUCACGAUUGGUGCUGCGCACUGUGAGCAUACCACCACAUCUAGGCUUGCCUCUUUUGGGAGACCUCUCUCUUCAUGAUAUGAUUGAGGCAUUGCGUAAAACCUGGACUUUGCCGCUCGCUGAUGACCCUGCUUCUUCCACGGAAACGUCGAGAGAGCACCUUGUCAAUCAAGUAGCGGCACAAGUUGCGCUGGCAAGCCACCUUCUAAGAUACGAAGAGCCGCUUAGUCAAGCCGGCGACACGCAACCCAGCCAGACUCAGAGUCAACCCACGCAAGACGACCUCCCAGCUCACUCACCAGCGACCCCAUCCUCUGCCCGCCAUACGCCCUCCAUCUACUUCGACGCCUCAAGCCAACCACCCUUCUCUCCUUCAACAUCGACCUCAAUAACCUCCCACCGCUCCUCCACGAUUCCGGCACCGGAAGUCGUCCGUCUCCGCCAAUACACCUCCUUCUCCAAACCCAAUCCACCCCCGCUAUCCCGCAGUAUAAACCGAGUCCUCUCCCACUGGCAACCUGGCACCAACCCAUCAACCUACGACUGGAGCGCAGCCCUCACCCGCCGCACGCGCGAAGAAGAAGCCUUAGCAGCGGAAGAGAACGAAGGCGAAAUGACCGAGAGGCAGCGCAGACGGCUGCAGAGGCGCACGGAGCGGUACAUGGCGCGGCAACGGCGCGAGGCGGAGGAAAGUCAGCGGCAGCAGAUGCUGAGCAGUCAAAUUCCGGAUUUUGGCUUCAGUGCCAGCCAGCUGAUGCAGUCUGGUUCCCGCGGAGAUAUCCGAGAAGGCAGUGUGAGGAGUGGAGCUCCUUUGCAGAGUAGCCAGAUUGCUGCUAGUCAGGUUGUGGCGGGGCGACAUGCUGCGCGGAGGCCGGCGAAGAAGCAGAAGAGGAAGUCUGGAUUUUGAACAUCCGGGCCAUGGAUCUUGCUGCGCCAAGCGAUUCGACACGCAUGAUGCGAAGCCCGCAAGCAUUGGAGCACAUAUCGUUAGGCAUAUGCCACGUCGGUCUACCCGUGAAUCUGAUGGAAAUCAAA